AUGUUGGUGGAAGUUGACAACGAUGCGGCGGGCGCUGCUGGUGCUCAUCCUCCUCCUGCUGGUGGUGUAGUUUCAUUUUCAUUGUCCCGCUCUCUUUCGAUUAGGGUGGACGGAGCCGCCAGGCACGGAGACUUCGCGCUCGUGAGCCGCCUCCUGCAGGCCGCGCGCGCUGCGGGGAUGCUGCUCGACGGAAUCAGGGGGAGCCUCUUCAUGUCGGCCGCGUUCGGGGGCAAUGCCAACAUCGUCAGGGCUCUGGCCCAGGCUGGCAGGGGCGGCGGCGGUAACGGCAGCGGCGGCGGCGAUGACACCGUUAUCGCCGACAUCAACAAGCCCGACCUGUCGACGGGGCAACGGCCCCUGCACGUGGCCACGCGCCUGGGCCACAGGUCAGCUGUCCGUGCCCUCCUCUUCUACGGAGCCGACGUCAAUGCGCCCGUGCAACCCCUGCCUUCUUCCAAGGUGUCCUGGCCGAAGACGCUGCUCGGCGGCAUGACGGCACUGCACUGGGCGUCCCUCCGUGGCUACUCCGAGAUCGUCGAGGACCUGAUAAUGAUCGGGGGCGAUCUGAACGCGCGGGUCUCGCACUCGGGCGAGACGCCGCUGCACCUCGCGGCCAGGCACGGGCAGGCGGCGGCGGUGGGCGUGCUGCUGGACGCGGGUGCGGCGGCGUCGGUGUUUUCUCGGCACAACCUCUCCCCGAUGGAUCUCGCGGCCUCGUCGAACGACUCGAGCACCCUCAUCGAAUUCCUCCACCGCGGGAUGGAUCCCAACGCAAGGAACGCGCUUGGAUACACCGCGGUGCACCAGGCCGCCUACAACAACGCCUCCGACGCCCUUAGGCUGCUUCUCGAGUCCGGCGGGAGUGCGAGCUCGGCUACGGACGUGGGCCACUACACGCCUCUGCACGUGGCAGCUGCCUUCUCUACCCGUUCUUCUGCAACAGCAGCGCCAGCGCCAGCAGCUGGCUUUAUUUGCCCAACCAACAACAACAAUAACAAGGACACCGCCGCCGCUGCCCGCCACGCCCCGGCAGCAGCCUCUGCAGUGCGGACCAUCGUCCGCUACGGCGGGGGGGCGGACGUGCUGCGGGUGGACGCCCUCGAUGCGGAAGGCUCGACGCCGCUCCACACGGCCUGCGUCAACCUCCAAGAUGAGGCCGUCCGCGACCUGCUGGACGUCGGAGCGAACGAGAAGCUUUUCACCCUGUCCAUCGGCGACUUCGUGAAGACGACUCCUGACAACUACGGCGCGGGGGGGGCAUCUGCUGCAGGAGGUGGUGGCGGUGACGACACGUGUGAUCGCACCCAAGGCCGGCCGGUUCACGACGGAAGGAGGAGGGACGGCGGGUGGUGGUCGUGCAGCGGGGGAAGGCGGGGAGCGGGGGUUGGCGGCGGUGGUCAAUACCGCGACGGCGCUGGAGGACGAGGGUGUCUUCAGGAGGAUCGUGCUCUACCUGUGACUGCCGUGAGGCAACGGCGGCGGCGGCGAAGUUGGUCGGGUACUGUAGUCCACGGCCUGGCACGGUACCGUCACGGCACUCUCCCGACCUGGCAACCGACCUGCUGCUGCUGCUGCUUCUACCGCUGCACAAGUACAAACUUUUUUCGUUGA